UUUUUAAAUUAAAUUAUGAGUUUCCGAAACCAGAUAAAUAAGUUAUUAUCUACCUGGUAUCUAUCUGGUUAUAGUUACUUAAUUUGUUUACAUAAACAAAUUAAGUAUUACAAAAUUUCUUUCUAUGUAUUUAUGGCAUGUACAAUAAAUAUGGUAAUGUCUGCACGCUGUUUCAAUGUAACUGCUGCUAAACGAGAAAAUGUUGACCAAGAAAAAUCAAGUAAUGUCAAAGUUGUAGUUCGUGUUCGUCCUCCUAAUAUAAAAGAAUUAAUUGCUGGAAAAAAUAAUAUUAUAAAAGUAACAAACGAAUAUAUGUUAACAUUUGAUCCUAAAGAAGAUGACAUUUUUAAUAUUGAAAACAAAAACAGAACUUUAUUGUUUGAUAAGCGAAUUCGAGAUCUUCAAUUUACUUUUGAUCGCAUUUUUGAUGAAAAAAGUACAAACAAUGAUAUCUUUGAGUUCACUACAAAACCAGUAAUUGACAGUUUGUUGAGUGGUUAUAAUUGUUCUGUGUUUGCCUAUGGUGCUACAUCUGCUGGAAAAACUCAUACCAUGCUUGGUUCACCGGAUAAACCUGGUGUCAUAUUUCUUACUAUGAUGGAACUCUACAAAAGGUUGAUGAAAAAUCAAAAUGAAUACGAUGCUGACAUUUCAGUAUCAUAUCUUGAGAUUUAUAAUGAAACUUGCAAAGAUUUACUUUUACCUAAAGGACCUCUAGCUGUUAGAGAAGAUUCUGAAAAAGGUGUUUGUAUUAAUGGUCUUUCACUUCAUAAGCCACGCAGUGCCGAAGAGUUACUUGAAAUGCUGCAUUUCGGAAAUCAGAACAGAUCACAGCAUCCAACUGAUGCCAAUCAGCAAUCAUCUCGAUCCCAUGCAAUUUUUCAGGUAUUUGUUCGACAAUGUCCAAAAGACUCUGGACUUAGUGCAAAUGUUAAAUUGGCUAAAAUGUCACUAAUUGACUUAGCUGGAUCUGAACGUGCUACAGUUACUACAAAUCAAGGUGAUCGCUUUCGUGAAGGUGCUAAUAUUAACAAAUCACUUCUUGCCCUUGGGAAUUGCAUCAAUGCAUUGGCAGAAAAUAAAAGCAAUGUCCACAUCCCUUAUCGUAAUAGUAAACUUACACGCUUACUUAAGGAUUCUUUGGGAGGAAAUUGCAAAACUAUAAUGAUUGCAGCUGUCAGCCCAUCCAGUUUAAGUUACGAGGACACAUACAACACAUUAAAAUAUGCCAAUAGAGCAAAAAGUAUUGAAUCUACAUUAACUUCAAAUAUUUUACAUGUAGACUACCAUGUCUCACAGUACGGAAAGAUUGUUGAAGACCUCAAAGCACAGGUUGUUCUACUGCAAGAGAAAAAUAAAAAACUAGAAGAAAAAUUGUUACACGAAAAAACUAAGGAAAUUGAAGGAACAUACUCAUUAAGCGAAACUGAUAAAAAUAUAAUGAAAAGCCAUGAGCAACGAAUUCGCAGUUUGUUUAAAGAGAAAGAAAUAUUCAAGAAACAAUUUAUUGAGUGUGAAGUACUAGAAAAAGAAAUAGCAAUAAAGCUAAGUAACAAGGAAAAAUCUUUUCAAUAUAUGCUUCAAAUUUCUAACAUGUUUGAUCAAGAUUUAAUUGAACAGUCUCGAAAAAAUCUUGAAAAUUUCCGUUCAUCGAUUAACUUGAAACAAAGUCAAUUACAAGAACAAAAAAUUAUGUUAAAGUCUUCUCUUGAAGAAAAUAACAAGCAAAUUUUACGAUGUCAGAACGAAGUUGAACUGUGGGCUAAUCAAACUGACAGCAUUGUACGAACGCAACUAAAUUUAGUUUAUGAGUUGUGUUUAGAACAGCUAGAAAAUGUGUCGUGGAAAAUUCAGGUGAAACAUAUGCGGAAGUGUUUCUUAAUGCGUAAAGCUCAGGAUAAAAUAAUGCAGAGAAUGCUUGAUUUUUUAUUGGCGAAUCAAAACAAAAAAGAAGCAUCUUGUAUUUUAUUGCACGGUUUACCUGAUGUGACGAAUAUUUCGUGGGAAGACCAGUCUGCUUUAAACAGUAAAGAUGCAAAUGAGUUUGUAGAUUUUGCAACAGGAACUCCUUUUAAAACACCUUCAAAGAGGGCUGGCGUAUUAAAACAAGUUGUUCAAAAUUCUAACCCUGUCGCGAUUAAACAUUCAAACUAUGAUACAAAUGAAAGCAGUGAACAAAAGAGUGAACAAAAUAAUCUCAACGACAGUUUGUUAACUGGUUGUUAUUCACAUUGCCUAGGAAAAAAUCAAAUAACAAACCUUGAAGAGACCAAUGUGUUUAAAAACAAGGCUUGUGUAGUUGACAAAAAACAAUCUUUAAACCAAAGUCAAAAUUUAUUGCAGAAGUCAUCAAGCAUGUACGCUCCCCAUAUAACUUCAUUUUUUAACAACAACAGAAUUGCAUCUUACAUAGAUCCGAAACAAGUUACAGGUAAAACAUUCAACACCACUUCAGCGUAUAAUGGGUUCAUCUCUUAUAAACCUAAGAUUUUUCAUGACAAAAAAAUUUGUUUACCUGUGCGGACGGGUUUGUCGAAAGAAAAUUUAUCGCAUAAAUCUCUUGCGAGAAGAGCAGAAAAAGCAAAUUCUCAAAGGAAUCAUUUUGUAAUAUCAACAAUACAGAGAAAAGGUUUUCGAUUUUAGCAAAAAUUUAUAUCUUUAUUUGGCUUUUAUGAUUUUUGUUAUAUUUAUUAACGGUCUAAUAUAUUUAACACGUGAACGCGUGCUUUAUAUUUUAUAUAUUAUUUAUUAAAUAUUAAAUUUAAUUAAUAUUAAAAGUUAA